UUGGGAAAACUGCAUUUGCAAAUAUAAAACCACGCAAGCAAUGGCAGUAGUAUACAUUGAAGACUCUCCUUUUGCUUUCGCCUCGUCUUUCUCGUCUGUAACCUCCCUCUUUCUCUUUAGCAUUUAGCAAUCAGAAUCCAUCAAUCCAAUAGGAGAGAACCAAGCGUCUACCGGAUCAGUUCCUGAAUAUCGAAGGGAAUCAGCUCUCUUGCCUGUUUAAUUUGAUUUCACACAACGAUAAGUGCGAAUUACUCUUUUGAUCGAUCAUCAAUCAUCAUCAUCUUCUUCUUCAUCUUCCUCUAGAUUGUUUGUGAAUGAUGAUAUUCUCAGCGCCUCUUUCCCGGUUCUGGCAGCUUUAACCUAAAACUGCUCAAAUGGAAAUUCAAGGAACUGAAAUAACGAGGAAACGCAUGAAACCAGCUAUGGAAGAGAAGGGAUUAGAUGGAGCAGAUUCAGAGAUUGUAGAAAGGGAAGUGUUCCAGACAGACAUUGCUGGAUCUGAGGAGAUGGAACUUAAUAUCAAUCACAUUCUCGAAAAGAUUGAACGCUUCACCCAGCUGGUUUCUGAGAUGCUGGAAUCAGGGAAGACAAUCUUUAAGGAACUGAUUAAUGAAUUUGAAGAGCGGCUGAUUACGAUACAUAAGGAACAAAUGGAGAAAUGGCAGGAAGAAAUUAAAGACUUGCGGUUGCUGGAUGCAUCAAAUGAGGAGGCUAAUGCUCUUCUGCAUAAUGCUCGAUUCUUACUACAGAAUGCUCACAUUGACUCUUGAAGGUGAUUUCCUAUUUGUUUAUCCCAAGGAAAUCAUUUGUAAUAUAUCACUAAGCAAGCUUGCAAGAUACAUGCCAAUUCUGUCGUAUUGAAAAGUUCUCACAAGAAAGUAUGCUUGAAUUUAGGGCCUCAAUUAUAUUGUACUGAUAAAAUUUUCAGUCCAAUGUUUGCCCGAAUGUGAAUAGACCAAGUCAAGGCAUGCUUUGCCAAGUACUUAGCUGUUUCUGAA